UUCAGAGAUUUGAAAAUAGUAAAUAUUGUGGUUCCAUAUAUUGGCAUAUAUGUGUAAGUAUGUGUUCUUGUGUUUGCCACUGGCAAGGCUAUAGAUCAGACAUGCCUAAAGUAAAUAUAUUACUGUGAUGAACCGAUGGUGAGACGUACAGAUGAUCACUGACACAUGACUUUCCUCUUUUUGGUGUGUGCUUAGGUACUCUUUAAACUAAUUGAUUUGUAUAAAAAUAAAAAAAUAAAAAUGUUUAAGUGGAAAAGUUAAGUUUUGAUACAAGAACAUGAAACCAUUGGCAGAGAGUACUGACUAGCUUCUAACCACUUCAACCCCCCUUUUUAACUCCUCACUCACUUUGUCUUCUGCUCUCCUUCAAUCAACAUUUGCAUGCCAGGUCAUAAGGUCUGAUUCUGGCAUUCAUUACUCAAGGGAGUGAUUUGCCUGUCACAUAAACAAAAAGUAAUCCACACCCAGUAGCACCAUCCUGCAACUGCAUCGGCAGACAGGUGAGCCAGGUGACCAAAGGAACCAUGCUUCCCAUGUUUUCGGGAAAGUUAUGCCAGUUUCUCAGCGUAGCUCGGUUCCCUUCUAUCCUGUUCCUUGGAAUUAUUUAUGUAGCCUAUGUUCUUGUUGGAGGGCUGAUCUUCUGGAAACUAGAAGGAUGGUAUGUGUUGCAACAGAUUGAUCUCCUGAAAGAGAAAAGAAUGAAACUACUUGAGAAGUACCCAUGUGUGGGUCAGAAUGGGCUCCGAGAACUAGCACAGAUGAUAAAAGCUGCUUCCCUGAGUGGCUUGAGUCCAGACAGCAAUGACACCGCAGAUGGCUUCUGGAAAUUUACCAGCUCAUCUGUGUUUGCGGCAACUGUGGUCACAACUAUUGGCUAUGGGAAUAUAAUUCCACUGACGACAGCUGGUCAAAUCUUCUGUGUGUUGUUUGCACUUUUUGGCAUUCCCCUGAAUGUAGUGAUCUUAAAUAGAGUUGGAAAAUACAUGCUGGCCAUUGAAAGGAAUUUUUGCAAUUUUCUGGAGACAAAAAUUGAUAGAGGGAAAUGUGUACGAAUAUCCAUUCACAGUAUAUCUUUUGUGAGCUCAGCAUUUCUAUACUUUGUGGUUCCUAUGCUGCUUUUCAAAGAGUAUGAGGGAUGGAGUUACGCUGAAGCCAUUUAUUACGGCUUCAUAACACUCAGCACUAUUGGAUUCGGAGAUUAUGUUGCAGAUCACAACCCAGCAAUAAACUACCCAGAGUGGUACAGUUGUCUGAUGGCAGCCUGGAUAUUCUUUGGCCUGGCUUGGCUCGCUCUUCUGAUCAAUCACUCCAUUGAUUUACUGGAGAGUGUGAAUGCUUACAUGAGAGGAAGGCAGAAUGCACAAACACAAGUGGAGGAGUCCAAAGAACAGCCAGAAAAAGGACUGAAAGGGGAAGAAACAUGA